AUGCAACUUUUUUUGCUCGGUGGUCUAUUCUGCCAUUAUUCGUGGCUUUUCCUAGCUCCUACCAUUUGUGGUUGUACGUACGGAGGUCCAGCCGACCGUGGCCUGCGGACAAACCUUGGACCUCCGAAGAACAUCCUCGGCGGCUCGUACGCGAAUAAUGUGACGCUAUUCUUUCGGAAUUCCCCGUAUCGGAUAGAGAAAGAUCUGAUCGUUGAGAAGGGAGUGACACUGACGAUAGAGACUGGCACUCAGCUAUUAUUCGAUACGGGAGUCGGACUCAUCGUUCAAGGGAUAAUUCGAGCUGUCGGCAAUGAAUUCGCGCACAUCCAGAUGCUACCGUACAACCAGGAUUUCGAUCAGGAGUUUGACAUUCCGCGAUUUCGGCUGAUUGAUGGGCCAACUGUCAAGCAGGGUCGCCUCCAGAUGAAGAUCCACGAUCGAUGGAGGAGCGUUUGCACACAGUUGACAAAUUGGACGAGCGUCGAUUAUACGGUAGCCUGCCGGUCAAUGGGAUAUGCCGACGGAGGAUUCUGGCGUUGGUACCUUCGGAAUAACGACACAUUCCCGGCAGUAGUUCCCCGGCCAGACUGUCCGCCAAUGGCACCAAGUCUACUCGAUUGUCCGGGCCUAUCCGACGAGUCCAAAAUUCCGAUGUCCGAGAAUCUAUGCCAGGGUGAAGAUGAUGUCGGGAUGAUUUGUUGGGGACAGCCAACAUUCAAGGGGUGGAGUCGACACUGGAAAGGCCUUCAAAUCCUGAAUUCCCCGUUCGGUUAUGUGAACGCGGAUCCGGAUAAUGUGGCAGUACAGAGAGAAUCGGCCAGUCGACUCGAAUGGAUCGAUAUUUUGUAUGCCGGAUAUGAUGGAGCCUCAAAAAACGCAACGCCAGCCCUGUACAUUGAAGGCGUGCCACCGCUAAUGAACGGUAUCCGAGUGGAAAGAAGCGGCCGUGAUGGUGUCUAUUUCUACGAACCGAGUGGCCCGAUUUUGAUAGCAAAUUCGACGUUUUCCUUUAAUCGUGGCCACGGCAUUGCAAUCGACAACACGACAGAUGGUCGUGCAUUUAUCAAUUAUACGAUGAUUGAGGGAAAUCUGGGUGAUGGAAUCUGGUAUCGACAGAAAGGGAAAGGAAGUAUCAAUGUUGGACUCAUUGAUCGAGUGCAGGGCAGAACAAAGCGUCAGAUGCAGAUCAGCGACAGUCUCAACCAGAUCGAGAUUCCGCAAGUGGACAUUUGCCAGAAUCACUCGGCGCCAACGGCCCACUAUUUCCCCUACCUACUCCGAGCCCUUCUGGAAGAGAAUACGCUUCUGGACCCGCUAAUUCCAUCCCCGUGUUGGAUUACCAAUCCAGAGGAUACGUAUACCUUUCUGAGGAUCUGUGAGGGAGGGCAUGAUCCACAGGUUGAGACGUGUCUUCAUGAGCUCGCAAAAGUUCCGAUAAUUGAUGAGAAGUUGCCACAAUCGCUCGCGAUACGCUCCUCUGGAAAACCUCUAAUGAUCUCGCUAAUCCACGAAUUGGGCGGCGAUCUUCAAGGAUAUGUGAAAUCUGCAGUCGACGUCAUCUUUCGAGUUCAUGCUUCUGUCCUCGACAAAGCCUACUACGGCCUGAACGUGACAAACUCGAUUAUUCGUGACAAUAUCGGGAGUGGAAUCGAGGCAUGGGAUAUCAGAGACAGGACAGCACUCACUAAUGUCUCUAUACAAUCAAAUGAAGGACUGGCUGGACUGUUAAUAAGAGAUGGGGCAGCCGAUAUUUGGUUGAAUGAGACGAGAAUUGAUGAGAAUUGGGGUGAUGGAAUGAAUGUUUCGUAUGCUGGAGGGUCGAUUACGGUCAAUGGGACCAGUUUUAGGAGGAAUCGAUGGAGGGGCGCCGCUUUCCACUUCAACGAAACAUCUCCCUACCUUGCCCUCCACCAUGAAAUCAUCUUCAAAGGCCGUCCCUCGAAUAACAUCUUUUACGUUCCGACGCGUGUCAGUGAGAAUCUUUGGGGCGGAAUAUUAGUGGGCAAUUUCUGCUAUCCAGCCUACAGGAAUAUCGAACCAAAGGUUCUAAUAAAUUGGGUUCAAUUCGGAAAGAACGUCUACCAUCCAGCCCUCGAAAUAUUUGCCUGUCAAUCGGAUCGAGUGGCCAAAUCAAUUGUGGAUGUGACGGGGAACACUUUUGAGGCAAACGGCGGGAUGAGCCUCCGAAUCCUUCCACUCGUCAAUAUGCACGCUAUCAUUUCGAGUAAUCUCUUCAUGGCAAAUAACGACACGGCUCUACUCAUCAAAAACUCAGCCCAUCCGUGGCUGGGCAAUCUGUAUGCAGAUGUGGCAAUAUCAAAGAAUGCCUUCAAAUUCAAUCGAGGGCAAUAUAUCGUGAAUAUCGGAUUGAAUGAAGAUGCCCCAAAUCAGAAGAUGAUCUUCAAUCAACAGAAUGAAAUUAGGGAGAAUCGGGUAUUUAACCCGUAUCCCUCGCUGCAACCAAGGAGUACACCGUAUGCUGCACUCGUCGUGUCGAGCAGCAACGUCAUCCUCCACCGGAACUGUUUCAAGAACCCCGAGGCCGAAUACGAGAUCGCCACCGAGCUACAAGAACACGCAAAGUCAAUAGAUGCCAGGGAGAAUAAUUGGGGUAUCCCAUUCCCAUCCCAAUUCAUGAAGAAGAUCUUUGAUCAAUUCCUCCGCUACAGUCUCGCCUCAAUCGAUAUCGAUCCAUAUGCGGCUGUUUGUAAUCAAAGGAAUCCCCAUGUCACCAGACAACAAGAAUACUUCCGUCCAUUUCGGCCGAAUGACGAGAGACCAUUCGAGAUUGGAGGCGUUGUUUUUGAGAAUAAUGAUCUGCAAAAGGGAAGAUAUAUCGUCACUUCGGAUCUUCAUGUUUCUCCUGGGGCUAGAUUGGGCAUUGCUGCUGGGAGUACUUUCGAAUUUGCGCCGAAUGUUGGAAUGCUCGUUGAAGGUGAGAUGCUGCUGACAGAAUACCACGAAGGAGAUUGGACUCCAAAUGAGAAGACAGUCUUCACGGGACAACCAUUUGAAUUGCCUUUAAGCGAGAGAGUACGACUGAUAGAUGAUGACGGAAAUGAUCGAACGGUGGAAGGGAGAUUGGAAGUGAUGUUGGAGGGGCAAUGGGGUACUGUAUGCAACAGAUCCUGGACCGCACAACACGCACUUACCGUAUGCAAUCAAUUGGGCCUAUCAAUGGACCCGGAAUACUUUGAAAAUUGGCGAAUCUUCCCGCCAGCCGGCGACCUGCCAAUGUUAAUGGAUAACAUCAGAUGUGAAGAGAAUGAAGUUGAUAUCACAAAAUGUCGAUAUGAUGGAUUGUGGCAUAAUGUGGGGGCUGGGUGCAGACGGACUGAAGUUGUUGGCAUACGCUGCGUCCCGCCACGCUGGGCGGGUGUACGGUACUCACUCCUCGCCAAUCCUCCAAUGGUCACCGGCCAGCCGACCAUGAAGAAUUGGCUCAUCGAGAAAGCCGGCCUCUUCGAUUUCCGGAAGCCGGAAUUUUCCGCGGCACUCCAAGUCGAUUGGAACUACCAUACGUUCAACAAUUUGGAGAUACGGGACAAUUUCUGGGAUGGGCUCGAUAUCGUGUACAACGAUUUGACGAAGAAGCCGACGAUCAGGAAUGCGAUCAUUCAUAAUAAUCGAAGGAAUGGCAUACGGUUACGAUCGAAUGGGUUGACCAUUGAAAAUGUAACAAUCUCGAAUUCUGGCCUGGCCGGCGUCCAUUAUAAUUCGAUGGUAUCGACGGGAUUACAGAGGGAUAUUGUCUCGUGGUUGGACCGGAAGGAACAGCCCGAUUUGGAGGCAAACAACGUCUUUGCCAUCCCCUCAAAAGACCUGGCUCGUCUCGAAGUUCUCGAGUCACAUCUCAAUCAGCGUAAAUUCCUGGUGGCCAUGGUGAAUGGGGAUUGUCCAUUUGUAACGUACGAGGAAUGUGUACACGAGAUGACAUUGGAAGCAUCGGGAUUCGAAUACGGGAUGGCCAGUCGAUUGGCGGUCCAGAUCGUAAACCCAGCGAGUAAUGUCUCUGAUGAAGAAGCGAUAAUUACCGAUCCGAUCACCGGAAAAACCUACUCGGUGCGCAAGAACCAGAUCGAAUUCCCAGUUACUUCAAAAGGCCAAUCCCUCCACCUCCGCUACACCAGAAGUUGGGGCCAGCCAAAGAUGGUCUUGCUAGUGCUUUUCCUCGACGCCCAAGAGUACCUGGAUCGAUUUGUGCACGUUUUGGAGUCGCGGAUCGAUAAUAACCAAUACGGAGUGUCAUCAAUUCAUUACAACAAUCAGACGAUGUUUGACGGUACACUGACGAACAGAUGGUCUUAUGAGAAGCUAUGGUUCCAAAAGGUGAAUUUCACCCGGAAUAAGGAGGCUGUUCUCUGGAUGCAAAGUCCACAACAUAUCGUGCCGUGGGGAACACCGAUGGCUCAGAUAAUGUACCACAUCGAUAACUGCUCAAUUCACCACAAUUCUGGCCCUCUGGUCGAGACGCAUUGGGAUCUAUUUUCAUCGGCCAAUGUGUUCCACUGGAAUUUCUGGUCCAACACCUUUGCGAACAAUACAAAUUCUGGCGCAUCGGUCAGGUUGCCGGAUCCUUAUGAUGUGACGGCUAGACAUCAGGGGCACACGUUUUUGAUGACGGAGAAUCGUUUCGAGAACAACGAAGGUCUCCGUAUCCUCGUCGACGGUUUCCAUUCCUGGGUCAAUAUAUCUUCCAAUAAUUUCACCCAAAAUACUGCCCGGCUGGACUCUGGGCUGUAUGAAUUGGCCGGGAUGGAGAAGGACAUCAUCUUCGAGAGGAACAGAUUCCAUGGCAAUUGGGGCCAUUGGCUGCUGAAAAUGAACAUGGAAAGUCAGAGCGUGCGCAAUGGAUCGAAAAAUCUUCCGGCCUGGAUCCAGUACAACUAUUUUGAAGGAAAUAGGUUCAUCAAGGACGACGGUGAAUUCGUGGAUAUGUGGCCCCGUUCGUACGCUGUCGGAAUAUUUGGGACUCAACGAGCCGACGUUCACUUCAACCGAUUACGCAACGUAUUGAUGGACUUUGAGCUGGUGGCCGGGUGUACGCCAAUUCGCGUGCUGGACGAGAUGAAUGCCACGUAUAAUUGGUUCGGAUCUGGGAAUGAUGCCGAAGUGGCGCAGCGGGUUUUUGAUUUGGACGAUUGGAACAUCUACACCGUUGCCAAUUAUUCGCCCUACUUCGCGACCGAGGAGAUGUUUAUGAGUUUCUGGUGGAAACCGAGGAUCGGUCAGCUCGUCUACCCACAAUUCCCCGAGCCUUCCGGGUUGGAUUUGAAGGGGAGAAUGUGGCAGGACAAGACGCUGAAACUCGAGAUUGAGCAAUGGCCAACGGCCCCAUGGUACAACCGUCCAAUCUACAAUGCGACCAGUGGAGAGAUUGUGCCGCUUUGCGACCGGCAAUUUACAUUGCGUAAUGCACAGGUAGCGUGCCGUGAAUUGGGGAAGCAUAUUACGUUCCGGUUCUUGCAAGUGAACCUCUACUCUGCCCCUACAGACCUUGGGCGUUCCGAUGCCCUACGAGUUUACAGCUCUGACACUGGUGUCGGAGAAGUGGUGAUCGCAGCCGCUCGAAUGGACAAUAAUGACCGGGGAGGCGUGCGUUAUGAGAAUACUGGCGAAUUGAGCCCGAAGGUGGUCAUUGAAGAAUGCUCAAUGUUCCGCAACGGUAUCCAUUUCUAUGGUAAUAUCUCCACUACAAUGCACGCUGCCUCUUUUUACCUCCACAAUACGCAGCUUCUACUCUUCCGCGCGAAUUCGUUGGCGCAUAAUCGGGGCGGUAUUCUGAUCGAUUCGAUCUCUGAGACAGCAAUGGCUCGUCUAAAUGCCGUCAUCAAGGCCAAUCUAUUCUCUUUCAACACAAAUAGUACCGUCAUCGAGCUGAAGGGCAAUGGAUUCCAGAAAGUGACGAUGGUUAACAACGUUAUUUCGCACAACUACGCUUUCUACCACGAUACGGUCUAUGCGGUGGAUGUCAUUGUGAAUAUGACGAGGAAUACCAUCACGAAUAACACUGGGCUGCAUACGCUUGACAUCCGCACAGCAAAAUCGAAGGGCAAUUCCGAGCCACACCUUUUCCUCCGGAACAAUUUGGAGUUCAACCAUGCCCUUGGUCAUGGCCAUCAAUAUAUCCAACGAUAUGGCCAUGAAUUGGGGUGGAUGGACGAGUUCCAACUUUACAAAAGACCGAAGAGACAGGUCUCCUACCCCGUGUUUCGUCAAGAGGGAGUGUCAUUCGAUUGGUGGACACACGUCGAUCAGAAUACGGAUCGAUACCGUAGUACCGUAUAUGCCGGAAGCUCCAGGCAACACUUCUUGGAAAACGUGUUCAACAACCCGGCGAACGAGCUCGACCUGACCACCUCAAAUCGGACGAAUUGGGAUAUUGGAGCAGUAGAUGCAAAGGAGAACUAUUGGGGAUGGCCAUCAACAGAAUCUGUGGCUGCUGGACGGAUAAGGGAUGGGGCUGAUCUACCAUAUCUCAUACGUGUAGAGUACACUCCCGUACUCGAAUCGAAUACUUCUCUCAUCGAAGGGGAUUGCCGGGCUGGCUGGUUCCAGGUGGGAAAAGAAGAAUACAAGAGUUGCUACCUAUACGUCGGUGGAGCGGCAACAUACGAGAGAGCCGUGGAAUAUUGUGAAGAGCUGGGAGCCUUCCUACUCUAUCUGAAUGAUGAUGAUCCAAGACAAAAGGAAAUGGCCGAGAGGAUAGAUAUGAUGGAGAGGAGGGGGCUGACCGAGUUGGAACAGACGACACCGUGGCUCAGGACGCGGGACGACAUCCACAUCUGGGUUGGGUCUGCCUCAUUUGCUUGGCCACAGUGUGGAUAUCUUUCGACAAGGACGAGCAGGACACAAUAUGACAAUUGCCAAGCCUUGCGACCAUUUGUUUGCGAGAAGGGUGAG